AUGGCAAGCAAUGAAGACAAACCGGCUGUGAAAGAAGAGGAAAAUGCUGGAAGCUGGAAAGAUGCGAUCUUUAACCCAAGGACCGGCGAGUUUUGCGGGCGCACAGCAAAGAGCUGGGGUCUUAUCCUUCUGUUCUACUUGGUAUUUUAUGCCUUCCUGGCUGGGAUGUUUGUCCUGACUAUUUGGGUCAUGCUGAUGACGCUAGACGACUAUGUUCCAAGGUACCGUGACCGGGUGCCACACCCAGGGUUAGUCAUCCGGCCCAAGGAGCUGGACAUGUUGAUCAACAGAUCGCAGCCUGUCCAGUACACCCGCUAUGUCCAGACCUUGGAGUCCUUCCUGCAGCAGUACAACGACACGGAGCAGGAGAGGAACGAGGUGUGCACAGCGGGGGACUAUUUCGAUCAGGAGGGCGAGGUGGGCGAGCCGAAGAAGGCUUGUCAGUUCAAGAGGAGCUCUCUCAGCCGCUGCUCUGGGCUGUCCGACUCCACCUUCGGUUUCGCUGAGGGUAGACCUUGCGUUCUGCUCAAAAUGAAUAGGAUCAUUGGGCUGAAGCCACGUGGAGAACCUUAUGUCAACUGCACGGCAAAGAGGGACACGCCCGUACAGAUGCAGUACUUCCCCAGUGAGGGACGCUUUGAUAAGAUGUAUUUCCCAUACUACGGCAACAAGCUUCACGAGCGGUAUGUUCAGCCUCUGGUCGCGGUCAAGCUGCUGCUGAACAAGGAGGACUACAACACAGAGCUGACCAUUGAGUGUCGGAUCGAGGGAUCCGACCUGCGCAACAACGACGACCGGGACAAGUUCCUGGGCCGUGUCACCUUCCGGGUCACUGUCGUGGAAUAGGGAGGGGCGAUGAGAAGGCGGAGCGUGCUGAGAGGUCUGGCUCUGACCUCCCCGUGGAAGAUUCCUGUUAGAAUAAGGCGGGCCUAAUUCCAAACCAAUCCCUACACCCUCGCUCCGUUUCCCAGGCGACAGGCAUUCAAAUCUGGCCUUUUUCAUUCCACCUGGGGUAGUUCUACUCCCCUAGUUUUGUUACUUGUCAGCCUUUGGUUAGGCCGAAUGGGAAUGGAGAUGAACCAGCAGUGCUGUGAACCCUGAAUCCCAGAUUUGAAUGCCCAUUCUGAAAAGCUGUAGUUGUCUCUAAGAAGGUUGUAUAUUGGGAUACGUGUCAGGGCAGUUAUCAUCUGGUAGCUGUCAAUUAAGUAUUCCGUUCAGAACCUUUGGGAGUGCCUAGCUUUUAGGGGCGAGAGACCGGUUUGGGAUUAGUGCAGAUAAGUAUAGGCCAGUGAUGUCAUUAAUGUUCGACUAUCUCCUGGGAAAACUGUAAUCCUGCCAAAUUUAACAGAAGAUCUAGUUCCCAUGUUUACUUCUAUGUUUACACUAGUAUGACAUCAUCCCUGUCCUGUCCUUUGCGUUCUCAUUCUAGCGGGAGCCUUUUUUAACGACUCGCCAACCAAACCGCCAUAGGAACCUUCCCUUGGUCUGCUGUUGUUCUGUGACCCAGUGGCCCACUCUAGUGGUCGCCGGGGAUCAGAUCUUAUUUUCCCUUCCCGCCAUGUUUUAGAUUGGAGCGUAGAUGUGGUGUGAUUAACCUAGAUCAGUGCUUAGUGCCAUGAGUUGACCAACAGUCUGGCUUUAGUUCCAAUCUGUGUUUCACUUUCAGUCGUACACCGUCAAGACAAACAGGUUUACAGUUGACCCCCCCCCCCCCCUCCAUUAAAUCAUCAGGGUCAACCACAUACCACAUAGAUAGAGUCAAACCCUGUUCAGCGCUGCCAAACGCAGACAUAGUCAAGAAUUCAGUCUAAUCCCGAAACCCAUUACAUAUCGUGGAACUGUAGAUAGGUAUGUGUGGUCUGGUGAGACCGCAGCCCAGUCUCGUGCCGUCCGUCUGUCCGUCUGCACGUGUGUCAGUUGACCCCUAACCCCGUCCAAUGAGUGCCGAGCGUGUGGGUUCAAAAUGGCUGCCGUGCAUCCCCAUUGGUGGGUGGUACACGUCAGUGGUUGAUGGCGUCAGUUGUCCAGCCACAUACACACAAACACGCCGUUCACUUCUACACAACGCACACACACACGCACACACACACACACACACACACACACAGACACUGCCUCAAUAAGCAACACACGGACACAAUGUAAAGCGCUUUAAAAUGCGCAAGGAAAUGCUGUGUGAAUGCAUUCUGUUGUAUCUAUGUAUUGUAUAUCUACUGUAUAUCCUUUUAUGUAUACCUGCCUUUGGGUAUUUUGCUUGUUUGUUACUCUUUCUAUAUACGCUAUCCUAUCUAUCUACAUGUCUGUCUGUCUGUCUGUCUGUCUGUCUGUCCGUCUUCUCAAUGUAUAUAUUUAAUCGAUUCACACACUGUAUUUUUUUCUGUCACAGAACACUAUGUCUGAGCACUGUAAAGAAGAAAUAAUUUAAACAAAGAUUUACAGGAAAUUAUCAUAUUCACAGCUAUGUUUAUACGGUCUGAAAUGGAACCUACUGUUUAAGGAACAACUUGCAAACAUCUACAGGAUGCCUUAAGAUCUGUGCAGCAAUUGUGGAUUAAAAGGUGAUUUUGGAAAAAAAAUCGAACAUGU